GGCACGCCCCCUUUACACAGAUCAGAGGUCCGCUGCUCUAGACCUCAGAAGACCAGAGGAACAUUUGAUCCGCUAUUCACCAGAACUCAGAGGACCAGAGGAACAUCUGAUCCGUUAUUCACCAGACUUCAGAGGAACAGAGCAACAUCUGAUCCGUGAUUCACCAGACCUCAUUCACCGUUAUUAUCAUCACCGGGGGGGGGUCGCAUCACGGAGACAUGUGCGCCGCGUUGCUGCGCCCGCUGCUCCUGAUCCUGGUGCUGGUCCUGGGGGGCCGGUUCUGCCUCGGUGAUCGCCCGCUGCUCGUGUUCCUGAUCGACGGGUUCCGGUUCGACUACAUGGACGAGCUGAGCGGCCUUCCGGGGUUCAGGGAGCUGGUGGAGACCGGGGUGAAGGUGGACUACGUCACCCCGGAGUUCCCGAGCCUGUCCUACCCUAAUUACUACUCCUUGAUGACAGGUCGUAGCUGUGACAUCCACCAGAUGACCGGGAACUACAUGUGGGACGAGGUGACGAUGAAGGAGUUCCUCAUCGGGACCAACGCCGACAGCCGCCUGCCCCUUUGGUGGGACGGGUCCGAACCCAUCUGGGUCACCAUGCAGAAGAAGGGCAAGAACGUGGCGAUGUACUACUGGCCCGGUUGUGAGGUUGAGAUCCUUGGUGUGCGGCCGUCCUUCUGUGAGGAGUAUGUCUACAACCCUUCUCUAAAGAACCUGACCGACUCCAUCGAGGACGCCCUCGACAACUUAGAGACAGGCAAAGCAGAAAUGGCCGCAAUAUAUUAUGAGAAGAUCGACGUGGAGGGCCACCAUUUUGGACCAGACUCACACCAAAUCAAAACGGCGGUGCGAGAACUGGACACAGCCUUGCAGAUGCUGAACAAGAAGAUCAAGGAGAAGGACUUGGGACACAAGCUUAACGUCAUGCUGUUCUCUGACCACGGCAUGACCGCCAUCCAGUGGAUGGAGCGAGUGAUCGAGCUGGACCAACACAUCAACAUGUCUGACAUCGUCAAGAUGAUGGACCGAGGCGUGGUGGUCAGCCUGUGGCCCAAACACAACAAGGAGCAGGAGGUGCUCGCCGCUCUGAGCGGGGUUCCUAACAUGCGAGUGUACGACAGGCAGAACAUCCCGGAGCGGUUCCACUACAAAGGAGGGAAGUUUGUUCCCCCGCUGACGCUGGUGGCCGAGCCUGGUUGGUUCAUCACUGAGAACAAAGCGACUCUCCCUUACUGGAACAACGGUACUGGGACCUCAGGCUGGCAGAAGGGUUGGCAUGGCUACGACAACACCUUCAACGACAUGAAGGCUUUCUUCCUGGCAACAGGACCUGACUUCAAGAAGGGGUUGCAGGCGGGGCCCAUCCGGGCUGUGGACAUCUACAACCUCAUGUGCUCGACGGCGGGCGUGGCCCCCCUGCCCAACAACGGCUCCUGGGCGCGGGUAGAGCACCUGCUGAGCGGCGCCGGCCCCCCGUCGCGCCCGCUCCUCUGGAGCCUUCUUACCGCCCUGCUGCUCGCCCUGCUGGGGGUGGGCCGCCACUGAGGGGGUCUCAGCCAAGAAGACCUCCUCAGUGCUGGGCCCCCCACUGAGGAGGUCUCAGGCAGGAAGGCCUUCUCAGCGGUGGGCCGCCACUGAGGGGGUCUUAGCCAAGAAGACCCCCACCGGAGGAGGAGGGAGGAGUGAAGACCGACCGGGACUCGCUAGAAGAUACUCUUAGAUGACAACGGUGUAGAAAGACAGAGACAUCACACAUUGAACCACUGGUUUGACUGAUUAAAGUCGUGGACACGACCCCCUGUAUGAAUAUCGAACAUUCGUAAUAUCUAUGAACGGCCACAUCGGAAGGCUGCAGGUUGGAAUCCCAUCCCACGGCGUUGCAGAGUGAUUUCACGUGGACGCGCUGACGAUGACAGACGGUGAAUAUCUGUCUUCAGUGGCGUAUCAGGGCUAUAAUGGAGCUAUAAAUCUUCUAGUGUGUUCCCAGCUCCACUCUUGCAAGGCGAAGAAUGUUUAACCCACUGAUGCACUUUUAAGUGUGCUGACCUCGUGCCACCACUCCCAAAAGAAAUCCUCUAUCAAGAAAGGAAAAGGGAGUUGGACAUGGAGUGAGAGCGUACAGCCUGUCCCCCCUCUAGUUCUGUUCUGUGUUCUACACCGACCUCCAGCCUUCAAUCCCUCCAACAAGAGUCAGAAGGUCUUCCAGAAGAGAACAGGGCGCCUUGUCAGGACGUCGUACCGCAGUUGUCCAGAGAAAAUAGACUUUCGAGCAAUGAGAUUGAAUUUAAAAAUAAAUCUGAAAAGCAAUUUCAACAUUCCUAGAUAGCGUGAAAAGACGCAGGCUCUCACAUGCCAUGACCCACACAGACCUUCUCAUAUCUUGUCUGUCAGGUUAAUGUUCUCUCUUCUUGUCACUAACUCUGUAAAUGUGUGAUUGUUUUGUCAGAAACACUUUUGAAAUAAAACUAGUCUGAAAGAGA